AGGAGGAAAUGAAGAAUGUUACUUACUUACGUUGUGGAUUGUGGCUCCCCUCCCUCCAUUUUCAAUGCAUCUCCUGGAACAUCCACGCCUGGUACAACUCUCGGAGGGAUGGUGACCUACACCUGUGACGCUGGGUAUGAGGUCUCCACUGGAGUCACCACAGCAAUGGCUACCUGUAUGGCUAAUGGGAUGUGGGGACCUCUACCAACUUGUCAAUUUGUGGAUUGUGGCUUCCCACCCACCAUUGGAAAUGGCUCUCCUGGAACACCCACCAGCACAACCUACCAAGGGACAGUGACCUACAACUGUGUCAUUGGGUAUGAGGUCUCCACUGGAGUCACCACAGCAAUAGCUACCUGUAUGGCUAAUGGGAUAUGGGGACCUCUACCAGCGUGUUCACCUGUUGACUGUGGUGUCCUCACUUACCCCUCUAAUGGAGCAGUGGACACUUCCUCUGGAACCACCUUCAUGAUGACUGCUACCUACUCUUGUAACACUGGAUACAACAUUGUUGAAGAGGCCACUAGGACUUGUGGGGCUACUGCAUUGUGGACUCCAGAGGCCCCGACCUGUGCACUGCUUUGUCCGGACCUCACCAUUCCAGCCAAUGGAGGGAUCACAUACAACCCAACCAUCAUCCCUAGAACUGAGGGUACCAUGGCUACCUACACCUGUGACACUGGCUACCAGAUGACUGGAUUGACAGUGAGAAUGUGUACUGUCACUGGAUGGAGCAAUGGAGAAGACCUUGUCUGCACUGCAGUCAGAUGCCCAGCGGGAACCUAUCAAGAAGAGUUGUCAACUGGAGAGAGUGCUUGUGUGCCUUGUCCUGGAAACAGCUUCAGUAUUGUUGAAGAUAGUGUGGAGUGUAUAUGUUUCAGUGGCUAUUACAAGACGGAAUUGGAGGGACCAAAUGUUCAAUGUUCAUCUCCUCCGAACAACUGUAAGAGUUUGCAAGUAGUUACUGAGAGAACUCGAGGUAACACAAUCACUGUGCGUUGGGAGAGGCCUGAGAUCACUGGGAGAAACGACCUGUACUACAACAUAUUCUACUCUGAGGAUAACCAGACCUUCACUCAAGACAACAGCAGGCCGUAUGUCAAACAAGAUGCCCUGGUGGACUACUCAGUGUCUGGUCUGCGACCACUUACCACCUACACCAUCCGAGUGAUCCCUGAGAAUGGAGUGAGUGAUCAGGAAGAGGGAGGGCAGAGCAAGACCUGUGAAAUUGUGGCCAGGACUGAGGAUACAAGGUCUAAUUCCCCCUCCCUGGUGAUUGGUUUCUGCAUUGUUGUGGUUUGGACCACGCCCACAAGGUCGUAUGGGAAGAUCACUGGCUAUGACGUCAGGUUUAUUCCUCAAGGGUCUGGUUCAGAUUUGGUGGUGUCUAAAGGAAGAAGAGAACUUUUCCAUGCAGUUGGAGAUACUGGGAUAGUCACUGACAACGUCAUGGUGCAGGUGAGUGAGCCAUCGUUGCUGGCAUCCAUGGUCGCGAGGAUGACGGUGCCUACUCUAUCAGGUACGUGGUUUCGAUGAUGACCAGGAUAAUGGCGAGGAGUUCACAUACUCUGGGAGUGGAGGCCUUUUGGGCAACAGGAGGAUGGCCAAACAGUCUACGAACCAGAAGUCAUGAACAAGUACAUACACCAUUAAAUCAAAUCGGUGGCCAUAAUUAUUAAACUACAGUAAACUGUUAUAAUUUCAGUUGUAUUAUGAUUUUUGAAAACUUAGAGCGAGCCCUUUCAAAUGGCUCGAAAUUAUUUUUUUGCUAAUUUACCAGAGUAUUGUUGCAACCUCUCCCCUACAGGGCCCUUGCUUGUACGUGUGAUUUCUCCCUCAAUGACAAGACAGGGGCUUUAUAUUACAUUGACGUUGUAACGGAUAUAUUGGAGUUAUGCACUAGCCGAAUUUCUUGUUUCUUCGCUUUUUCGCGCUUUUCUUUUCCUGGAAAUCCUAUAGCAACGUUCACAUUGCAAACGUUUUUUAAUUUUGAUUCCCUUCAUUAAUUACAGUAGUACAUUAAUGUUUCUCUAGAUCUAGACUACACCCACAAAUUUAACACAAGCAAUUUAGUGGUGUUUGUGUUUUUAAAAAUAAUGUUAUCUAGAUUCUGCAAUAGAUCUAAAAUGUAGUUACUAUUAUUCAGUUGUUUACUGUUGCUGCAGGUAAGGACUUAUGGGCCACCAGUCACCGUGGAGACCACCUCCACACAGAUAACCAUAUCCUACAAAACAUCCUACAAUGUGACCAUCAGAGCUGUCAACUGUGUUGGAAUGAGUUAAGAACCUUCAAUAAUAUUGAGUAAGCCUCAUUGG